AUGCAGUUCUUUAAGGCAGUACAAUUAAAAACUCAUUCAUUACUGAAACAAAAAAGAACAGACAUGUUUCUGCUUCUGAAGCCUCUCAUUUUCCUACACGAUUUAUCUCUUGCCCUCCUCUCGGGAAUGUUCCAUGGAGAAACUCUUAGAGCAUCCGUGGAUGGUGUGGGGAUAAGCAUGAACACUAUGUGGAGAGAAACAAGGAGUGUACUCAUAGUUCCAGUGUUCAAGUAUGUGGUGGCUAUGUGUUUGGUAAUAUCAUUAUUGAUUUUCAUGGAGAGUGUUUACAUGAACCUUGUAGUACUCUACGUCAAGCUGUUUAACCGAAAACCUGAGAAAGUCUACAAAUGGGAGGCAAUGCAAGAAGAUAUGGAGCUUGCUCAUCAAAACUAUCCAAUGGUCCUCGUCCAAGUUCCAAUGUACAACGAAAGAGAGGUCUUCGAAUUAUCUAUAGGUGCUGCAUGCAGACUAAUAUGGCCAUUGGACCGCCUAAUCAUCCAAGUUUUAGAUGAUUCCACCGAGCCAGCCAUCAUGGAAAUGGUGAGCAUGGAGUGUGCAAAAUGGGCAUCAAAAGACGUAAACAUAAAGUAUGAGAGACGAGACAACAGAAAUGGCUACAAGGCUGGAGCUCUUAAGCACGGCAUGAGGCACAGCUACGUCAAGCUGUGUGACUACCUGGCCAUAUUUGAUGCUGAUUUCCAGCCCGAGCCAGAUUACCUCCAACGCGCUAUCCCGUUUCUUAUUCACAACCCUGAGCUUGCUCUCGUCCAAGCUCGAUGGAGAUUUGGAACUGCGGGAGUUUGGAGAAUUAGGGCGAUGGAAGAAGCCGGAGGAUGGAAAGACCGGACGACUGUAGAGGACAUGGACUUGGCCGUUCGUGUUGGUCUUCUCGGCUGGAAAUUUGUCUUCAUCAAUGACCUCGAGGUGAAAAGCGAACUACCAAGCCAGUUUAAGGCCUUUCGAUUCCAGCAACAUCGGUGGUCUUGUGGUCCAGCCAAUCUUUUUCGGAAAAUGACACUGGAAAUUAUUCACAAUAAGAGAGUGAAGAUUUGGAAAAAGUUUUACGUGAUCUACAGCUUCUUUUUCCUACGGAAGAUCAUAGUCCACUUCUUCACUUUCUUCUUUUAUUGUGUCGUCCUUCCUACAAGUGUCUUCCUUCCCGAAGUCGGAAUUCCGACUUGGUCAACUAUAUAUGGUCCUUCUAUCAUCACCCUCUUCGGUAUUAUAGCCACUCCAAGAUCAUUCUACCUCGUGGUUUUUUGGGUCUUAUUCGAAAAUGUAAUGGCUAUGCAUCGGACCAAAGGAACUUUGAUUGGCUUAUUUGAAGGAGGAAGAGUCAACGAAUGGGUUGUCACUGAAAAAUUGGGAGGUACUCUUAAGAGUAAGCUGCUUACCGGAAAUGGACGAAUUCUCAAAAGGUAAACUAAUCAAAACGAAAGCAAAAG